AUGUCCAUCAACUUCCGCGAGCGUGCGCUCGCCGAGCUGCAGAAGGCGAUUGAGUUCGACCACAAGAAGGAAUACAAGAGCGCCUUUGAUGCCUACAUCGUCGCAAUGGAGCUCUGGGUCAAGGCCAUCAAGUGGGAGAAGAACAAGGUCAUGAAGGAUACUAUGCGAGAGAAGAUGGUCGUCUACCUAGACCGCACCGAAAAGCUAAAGAAGUGGUUGGACGAAGGGGGACAAGACGACAAUGGCGGCGGUAAAGGUCCUGUGGCUGCGAACGGCGCUUCAGCUGGUGGCAAGGCCAAGGCCGCUGGCGGGGAGGAUGAUGAUAACAAGAAGUUGAGGAACGCCCUUUCAGGCGCCAUCCUUCAGGAGAGGCCAAAUGUGAGAUGGGAGGACAUUGCUGGCUUGGAGGGAGCCAAGGAGACGUUGAAGGAGGCCGUUGUCCUGCCCAUCAAGUUCCCCAACCUGUUCCAGGGCAAGCGGCAAGCCUGGAAGGGCAUCUUGUUGUACGGACCCCCAGGAACCGGAAAGAGUUACCUGGCCAAGGCAGUGGCGACAGAGGCAAACAGUACUUUCUUCAGCAUCAGCAGUUCCGAUCUGGUCAGCAAGUGGAUGGGUGAAAGUGAAAGAUUGGUCAAGGCGCUAUUCUCCAUGGCCCGAGAGAAUAAGCCGUCUGUUAUCUUCAUUGACGAAAUCGACGCCCUAUGUGGACCCCGAGGCGAGGGCGAGUCUGAAGCGUCACGACGUAUCAAGACGGAGAUUCUCGUUCAGAUGGAUGGUGUUGGCAAUGACAGCAAAGGUAUUCUGGUUCUCGGCGCCACCAACAUCCCGUGGCAGCUCGAUGCCGCCAUCCGACGACGAUUCCAAAGGCGUGUUCAUAUCGGUCUGCCAGAUCCCAACGGCCGCGCAAGGAUGUUCAAGCUUGCUAUCGGCGACACCGAUACUACGUUGGUAGCGACCGACUACAACGCCUUGUCGCAGAAGUCGGACGGUUUUUCUGGCAGUGAUAUCGCAAACGUGGUACAGUCCGCGUUGAUGCGACCAGUACGCAAGAUUUUGCAAGCAACCCACUUCAAAGCUGUCAUGAAGGAUGGCAAGAGGAUGUUGACGCCAUGUUCACCUGGUGACUCGGCGCGGAUCGAAAUGACAUACGACAGCGUUGAGUCGGACGAGCUGCUGCCUCCGGAUGUCGCUCUCAAGGACUUUGAAAUGGCGCUGGACGACUCACACCCGACGGUGUCCAAGGACGACAUUGCAAAGCAAAUUGAAUGGACAAAUGAAUUUGGCAGUGAAGGUGCAUGA